AUUACGGAAUGCUUUGUUUCCAGAGAAACACCUACUACAAGCAAUGAUUCCACCAAUGCUGCGUUAGCAUCCAACUUAAGUGGUGUUAUUGUUCCAUCAAGUGAUAAAGAAGGAUGGUGUCGAAAUAAAAAAUAUAUUGAACGUGUAUUGAAUGGAUUUAGAUGCACAGUUUGCCACAAGAUUUAUGGCAGAUACAAUUCGGUAUCCUAUCAUGUUACGAUAUACCAUCGUAACCCUCCGAUCAGAUGCGACGAGAGUGGAUGCCAAUUCACGACACGCGAAGCACGCUAUAUUCAUUUCCACAAAUACUACAGGCACCAUAUUCCUCUCCCAGAAACUAUUGAUUUAGGAUCUCGAAAAUGUCCAUUUUGUCGCCAUGUUUCAAAAAGUCCAGCUAUGUUAGAAAAGCAUAUCAAUCGUCACAUACCCAACGAAGCGCUUUUUUCGUUGAUUUCUAAAUGCUCAAUAUCCACGCAAAUAAUAUUGGAUGAAGCAUAUAUGAAUUAA